AUGGUGCCGCCGCUGACCAGGCUGUGGCCGCUGCUCCGCUGCGGGGCGGCGGGGGCGGCCGGAGGCGCUCGCGGCGCGGCCCGGGGGCUCGCGGGCACUGGGGGGGGCGCGGGCCCGAAGCUGGGAGCCCGGACGGCGGCGGCGGAGGCGGCGGCGGAGGCAGCGGCCGCCUCGGUGCUGGGUCCGCGCCGCUCCGCUCCCUGGUGUGUUGAUUCUUCCCCCAGCUGCUGUCUAAUGGAGUCCGGGCGCUGGCGUCACAGGAAAUGCCUAUACUGCCCUCCUCGCUCACUUCCGGCAGCAGGGAUCGCUGUGUCCUCCCAGGAUGAGUCUCUCAUGCUGGACCCUCUCUUUGUCCUGUCCCCCUCUGGAUGCUGGCAAUCUAGGAAGGUGCAGGAGGAAGCUUGCUCCCAGGAUCCAUAUCCCACAAGGGGUUGGCACUUCUUUCUCAGCAUCUGGAGAUGGCAGCCUGGGCCUGGACAGGAAGUGUGUGCUGAGUCAACUAGGAAGUGGCAAGAGCUGGUGUCCUGCUUACACAGAGCUCUGUCUACCCAGAACUGGAUGUUCCUCCUGAAACAGGAUGUUUUCUUAGUGCUUGGCACGGUGGCACAGCCCUUUAAUCCCAGCACUGUGGAGGCAGGUGGCUUUCUACAAGUUCAAGUCCACCCUGGUCUACAAACAGCAGAGGACUGCAGAGCUGAACAGGACAAAGCAGCUCUGGGGAGUGCUGGGGUCAGAAAGCCAACAAGAAGCUCCUCACUGUUGACCCUCCCACCAACGCCCACCCGCCCCUCUACGAUACCCCACCUAUGGGAGUGUGGAUGCAUUAACACAUUUUAAGAACAUGGUCAUAGGUAAGUCUUCUUUCUUUUCCUGCCCAUAGCCUGGAAACAGUGUGGCUUUGUGUGCUCACAGCCUACUUGCUGCACAUGUUCAGAGAGGGUGAGGCAUGUGAGGCCGAGGAUCAGUGCAGGCUCCCAGCGCCAGUUCUCACCGCCAUCCUGAAGGCUGGGCCACAGCAAGGCAGAGAUGCUGACUCUGCAGCAGCUAGCUCUUCAGGGAAGGAAAAACCUUAGAAAAGCAUCCAAAGACGAGGUCCUCAUCCCGGAACUGUGCUGUUUCAGAUCCUGCCUGCGUCUGAGCCUGCAAUCAGCAAGCCUGGUGGCUAGGUCUCUGCUCCCUCCUUACUUGCAGCCUCCCUGGGUCUCCCUGGGAGAUCAGGCACCUCCCUUAGCCAGCCCCCUCCCAGCUUCCUACUGCCACUCGGAACAGAACUUCCGCAGCUAUCAUGUGACCUUGAAGAUGGAAGUCACAUGCCAGAGAAGACAGAAGACAGAGACCCUGAUAACUUCAAAGAGCCAGCCAAAUAAUGCCUGUUUACUCCUGAUCCUGGUAAAAGUGAAGAGAGUAAAUCCUUGCAAAUAAACAACUAGAUUUUCUCCCUAUUGCAUGCAGUUGAACCUGAUUACAGCAGACAAUGCGGUAGCCGAGUGUUUCUCUGUUCUCCUCUACACUUGCAAAGGAGCAGAAAUAAUGACUUAUGACUGAAGUAUCUGCUGGAGCCUCCCUCUGGUGGAGCUCAGCCACGCACUGUAAAAUCUGUGUGUGCUAGCUUUCUUACAGUUACUGACUUUGAAGUCUUUUUUUAGGAGGGGAGUGGGGUGAAGCUGGACUUUCAGUGACUGUUUAACCAUGGGGACAGGAUGAAGAGGGUAGCUAAGGGUUCAUAGCUGGGAGACAGGCUGCUCUGACUGCCUUUGUGAAAUGCACAUUUGGAGUCUGCAAAGCCCUGGCGAGGAGCUCAGAGAAGCAGGGUGGGACCACACUCUUGGUUCAGUUUCCUAGCACAGCCUGGACGGCAAGAGGUGAAGGUAGAAUCACGUGGUCUCGAUCCUGGAGCCACCCUUUAAAAUUAGCUUUAUUGGGGUAUAACUGACAGGCAGGAAACUAUAAAUGCUUAAAAUAUAUAAUCUGACAUUUUUCCUUAUGUAUAUGGGGAAGUAUCGCUACAACCAAUGAAGUGUUCAUAACCAUUAAGUCACUUGUAGUCCAUCACCCUUCCCUUGGCAACUAAUGGACUGGCUGCCCUCUGUGACUAUGAAUUAACAUGCAUGUUCUUUUUUAAUUUUUUGAGAUUAUAAUUACAUCAUUUCCCCCUUUCCUUUCUUCCCUCCAAACCUCAUAUUCCCUGACCUUGAGAGUCUUUCAAAUUCACGGACUCCUUUUCUAUAAUCGUAGUUACAUACCAAGUGUGAGCCUGCUCAGUCUAAUAUUACUUUAUGUUUAUUAUGUUCUCUGGGUCAUUAUAGCAUCAUACAGAGUAGUCUGCUGCCCUGUUUAAAGGGUGGCUCCAGGAUCGAGACCACGUGAUUCUACCUUCACCUCUUGCCGUCCAGGCUGUGCUAGGAAACUGAACCAAGAGUGUGGUCCCACCCUGCUUCUCUGAGCUCCUCGCCAGGGCUUUGCAGACUCCAAAUGUGCAUUUCACAAAGGCAGUCAGAGCAGCCUGUCUCCCAGCUCUGAAUCUUUAUCCACCCUUUUCAUUGUGCCCGUGCUUAGCACAUUUGUCUGUCUGUUUUUGAGACAGGGUUUCACUAUGCCAUCCCUCUGGCCUGAGCCUAGCUGCGUAGUCCCAGCUGGCCUCGAACUCACAGAAAUCUGUCCUUUUCAGUUUCCCGAGUGCUGGGAUUAAAGGGUGUACCAACAUACCAGACCUGUGCUUAAUUUAUAAAGACACUUCUUAACUGUAAAGUGGCCAACCGUGCGAGGGCAUGGCUCCUCCUAAGUCCUUCUCACUUGCUGGCUGGCUUUCUGAGGUCCUAGGGGUCAGCAGCAGGCCUUCGGCAAGUGAAGUGUGAACUUACUGAGAGCUCACUGCCACUGAGCAACACUGGCAGCCUCCUCUGUGUUUAACAACAUUUGGGGCAACAAGACUUUUGAGUGUUAGUCAUGUGAUGCAGUUUAAUUUUUGCUUAUUUGCCACCUGAAUUGAAGUGUUAGAAGUAGAUGGUAAAAGGGAUUUUUUUGAAAAUCUGUGGUCCAUUUGUUUUCAAAUACAAGCCCUUCCUCAGGUAUUUCCUGCAUGAA